AUGCCAGAGGCAGUUGAGUCCCGCAAGCACAUAUGCCUCUCCACUGCUAAAGGACAUGGAUCGGUAGCAUCAUUUGUGGAGGAUGUUGCUAUAGAUUAUAUGAAGUUGUUGGAUUUGGAUAAUCCAGAAGAAGAAAUAUGUUACAAGAUGGCAAGAGAAUCACUUUUGUCCCCUGAUCUUCCCCAGGUAGACUUUUUGGUCGAUGAUGUCGUGAAUGAAGACAAAAAUCAUGCUAUGGCGCUGGACUUGGUUACUAGUAGUAAUGUCAUGGAUUUAUGUGGCAACAUAAAUUCUAGUGAAGCUCCUGGUAACACUCAAAAUGCUUCAGUAAAAAUGCCACGUGAGUCAACAACGUUGCAUGGUCGUAUUCUUAAAUACUUUGUUGUGUUUUCGAAUAUGGAAGACGAGAACAGUGUCAUCAAAAUUUUCCAUGCUGCACACAAUUGUAUUCAGCAAUGCCCAUCAGUUACUAGAGCACAGUGGGCAGUACCAGCGAUUCUGUUCUCUUUGAAAAGGGAAGAAACCCUUUUGCCACAGGAAAGGGUAUGUGUGUUCCUCUCUUUGCUGCUGCAUAACUUCUCUGCGGUUUCCUCGAUGAAAAUUGGGAACAUUCUGGAUGAUGAUUCUUGUUCCUGCCUGGAUUCUUUCUCGAAGCAUAUAGCUGGUGCUAUGGCUGAUACUGAAGCUGGAGGUAUUCUUUCUGAAUUUUUGGAAGAACUCCUUAGUCUUCUUCAGGACCUCCUUUCCGAGCAGAGGGUGUUGUAUUCUGCUAAAUCCUCAGAAACAACUGAAUCUGAUUUAAGCAUCCAUGUCACUCUGAUUGAAGAAAAUGUAGCUCUCGUUAGCAGAAUUGCUCUAUUUGAUCACUUGGUUGCGGGAAGUGCUAUUUUUGCGGCUAUAUGUAUUGCAGUGAACCGUAUUGAAUUCAUCCGCGAAGCUUCCUUCGAAAUCCUGCACAAGCACAGUCAUCAGAAGACCUCAGUGCCACUGACCAUUCUUCACGUUUUUGCUCACAUUGCUGGUGAGAAAACGAUGUCCUCUAGUGAUUCUGACGUAUCAAUUGCAGUGUUGAAAUCUAUUCUGAUGUUUCUAGAGGAGAAACAUUUUGGUAGUGUGGAAGGAAAUGCUAAGUUGCACCCAGGAAAGAACAAGUGUCCGUUCUCAGACAGGUCAUCCUCGCUGGAGGAUAUGGCAUCGAUGCUCAUGGAAAUUGUUAAGGAGUUUUCUCAGUCGAACACUUUGCAUCAGAGUUUGACCGAGUUUAGGCCGGAACACAAAAAUUUCCAGUUGGUAUUGGCCAGGGAUCGAAGUGUUACUUUAUGUGACAUUCUGUCAUUGGUGGAGCUUAUUGGUUGUUACACGGAAUGGGAUUGGACUAGUGAGAACAUUGUUGCUCCACUGCUUAAGAUGCUGGGAACGCCAUUGUCAAUGAACCUUGCUGUUGCAAUCGUCUCUCUUCUUGGGCAGCUUUGCAGUAUUGGAGUGGAUGCUGGUGGCUAUGAAAACGAAGGAAUCUCAAACUUGAGGGAGAAACUGUCAGCAUUUCUGCGGUGUGACACGACACUAAAAGCUGGUUUUGCAGUCCAGGUAACAACUGUGUGCUCCCUCCUGAAGACGCUUGAGCUGGAUUUUUCAACUGUCUUUCAAGGCAAAACCACCAUGCUUCCUGGUUGUGGCAAUCAAAGCUUAUCUGCUUCAGGUAAUCUGGUCACAAAGUGGUUCUCUUUGUUGAGCGACGAACAGCGAGCUUUCACAACCGAGUUUUUACAAAACCUCUGUUGUUAGAUGAUUCCUUAGCUCAAAAAAAGUGAUCAAAAGCAGUAAAUUUUUGGGUAUGGCUUACUGUUUGAUUCUUCAGGCACAUGUCUUUUGACUCUGGGAUGCAGAUGUAUGUAUGAUAAGUUUCUGUUAAAUAAGCC